AAACUUAUUAAAUAGAUUGUAAGUAUAAUGAAUAUAUCAUCUAUGCUGACAUGGUUAAACAUCUGUUUGAUUUGUAUAUCGGGAUCAUAUCAAUCAACAUGCCCCGAUCGCCUAAUUUUGAAGGAGCCCAAUCAAGAUUAUAGUAGCUACCAAAUAUACGAGUUUCCAGGCCUCGUAAGAAACCCUCUUUGGACGUUCACCAGUGUAUCUGUCAACAUUUCGUGCCUGAAAAAUGGACAGGUUACAGAUGUUCACUAUUUUGUUGCUGACUGUAAUGAAACUGCUUGUGAGAAAUACGAAAGGCAGUCUUGGCUGUAUUCGGAAUCCAAAAAUGGAACAAUAGUUCAAAUGAGUCCUUUUUCGAAGACUUUGAUUGGCAUUUCCCCCGAGAGGAGCGGAUCGUCUAACUGUUUUCUGCGAUUGAGCGUCAAAAAAGUGGAGGUUUUCUAUGUGGCCGUUUUGUUUGCGUCACUACUUCUAUUCUUCUUGGCACCCUUCCUUAGCAGAAGUACGAAAGUGCAUUACUCCAGUGGGACUCUGGUGGGAGUUUUUGGAUUCCUCCUCGUCCUGGCAUACCUCCUCGCCAAACUUAUUCCUGGGAAGAAGGCAAUGUCAGGUCUGCUCUAUUUCACCGGCUGGUCUCUCACUGCCUACCUGGUCAGAAUCAUCACCAACGACCUCACCCUCCUCCUUCCCUAUCUAUUGUGCUACAUGGGCGUGGCAGGGGCUAUUUCCUUUGCCGGCACCUACUACUACGGGCCAAUCACAAACCCACGGGCCCAACAGCUCAUCUGUUAUAGUUUGAGGGCUGUGUGUUUCGGGGGCAUCUACUACAGUGUGCAGCUGGAGUCUCUCAGUUUCUCCCUUAUGCUCAUUCUACUGGCCAGAAACUACAUCCCACUUCCCGACCUAUUGCCAAGAGGAGGAGGAGGAGGCCGAAUAGGGCGAGAAGGGGCACUGAGAAGAGGGGCACUGCCGGGACUAGCUUAUCUCAGACUGAAGUGGUACACAAGGUUCCCGCCCAAGAAGAGACUGCUGACGGUGGAGGAGUUCGAACUGGAGGGACAGCGGGAGACUGCGAAGGCGUUGGAGGAGCUGCGCCUCUAUUGCAUGCAACAGGAGGCGCAGCCAUGGAAACUGGUGCGCAAACUAAACCACCCCGACAGAAUGGCCUCUUUUGUGGAAGGCGACUCACACGUGACCUUGCUGGAACAGUCUACUCACGAAGAGAUGCUCGUCAGCUCUCCUCUCUACUCGUCUGAUGAAGAGUGCCAAAAUGGUCCCAUAGAUAACAACGUGAACAGUAGCGAAGAUGAUGAUCAAGAAGACCUUAGUCCUGAUUCAAAUGCCAAUACUUUGCGACCCCCUACCGUCCCUUCCAAGCAUCAGGUUUCUUCUCCGACUGCUCAGAAAGGAUCUGCAAGAAAGUUCAGCUCUCCUUAAAAGGUAGAAAGCUAUUGAAGAUGGAGAAAAUAUUGCUGAAACGCGUGAAUUUCACCUCUGAAACUUGACUUAUUGUUGUUGUUGCUGAUUUGUUGUUUUCAACUUGUUG